AUGCGAACAUUGAAAUGGGAUAAUAUGAGAGUAAAAAUCGACGGUCGCCAGUUCCACCAUCUUCGCUUUGCUGAUGUCAUCGUCCUCAAAACACCAAACAUUAGCCAAGCGGAACGUGUGCUUGGCGACGUUGAUAAAGCCUGUGUUAAGUUUGGUCUUCGACUAAAUCUCACAAAAACUAUGUUUAUGAAGAAGGGAUUGGUUUCGCGUGCCCCAUUUACGCUCAACGGAACGAAUAUCUUCGAAUGUUCCAGUUAUAUCUGUCUACGUCGGAGAAUCAAUGUGAUGAACGACCUGGCUCCAGAACCGAGCAGAAGAAAGCGUGCGGCUUGUGGAGCUUUCAAGAGCAUCGAUGAUAUAGUGAAGAAAGCCAUGAACACCCGACUUCGUGCUAACCUUUUCGACUCGACGGUACUUCCUACCUUGACGCAUGCGUCAAAAAUCUGGUCGCUGCGUAAGCGGGAUGAAGGGUCACUCAGCGUUAUCGAACGCGCAGUCGAAAGGACGAUGUUAGGAGUGAGAGCAGCCAACCAUCAAUACAAUCCCUGA